AUGAUGGAGAUCUCUGAGUGCCGGCUUUCCAAGUUCGGACAGUCGUCUUCCCGCAGUACCUCUCGAGAUUUCAUCAAAGGCGAGAAUAACGAGGCGGCAGACCGAUUUGGCGCGCAGCAAAUGGCUGAAAAGCUCAACCACGACCCCGAUCUCUGUGAGAAACUGAUUCCAAAAUGGGAGGUCGGUUGUCGCCGUGUCACUCCAGGGCCAGGUUACCUAGAAUCCUUUGCAAGACCAAACUGCAAUCUCAGCACUAUCACCAAGAUCACUGAAAAUGCAGUUCACACAGCAGACGGAAAUGUCUUCGAAUGUGAUGUCGGCACUUCUGCAGUAAUCUGUGCUACGGAUUUCGACGUCUCUCACUGCCCUCGUUAUCCAAUCGUCGGCCAGGAUGGGACGAGUUUAGCAGAUAAAUGGGAAGACGAACCGAAUUCCUACUUUUCAGUUGCCACAGCCAACUUCCCCAAGUACUUUAUCAUGAUGGGACCCAAUUGUCUAGGUGGACAUGGCUCUCUAAUUGAAUCUAUCAACUGGACGGGUGAUUACUUCGUCAAAUGGAUAAAGAAACUGGCAACUGAAGACAUCAAAUACGUCGUACCGAAGCAUGCUGCUGAAGAUGCGUUCGGGAAAUACGGCGAUGAGAUCCAUAAAACAUUGGUCUGGACUGGCGGCUUGAUAUUCGGCCUGAAAGACUUUGAGAUCGAGCAUAACAGUGCUAUUCGGUUUCGGUUCAUGGGAAAUGGGUUUACCGAGUUUGAGAUGAAGGAGGGAAAUGACUUGUCUUUCUAUGUCGAGGUCGCUGAUGAGUUGACAUCGUGUUGA